AUGCCGGGCUCUGAGGAUGAGUUUAAAUGCUGCACUCAGGACUUUCUCUUCACCUGUGUGGACUUGUUGCUGUUCCUGCUUGAUAUAGGGGUGGAUAUAUGGGCUGCUGUGUCCCUCUACAAGCAGGAGGCCUAUGUGUACUUCAGCCUCCUGCUGCUAUUUCUCUUGGGCUCGUCCAUGUUGGUUCAGGUGUACAGCUGGCUCUGGUACCGCUACGAUGAUUUCAAAAUGAAGACAAAGAUUGAGAAGAAGCCGAGCCAGUGCCAGCUCAAGCUGCUGCAUGUUUUCCAGCUGGGGAUCUUCUUCGGGUAUGCAGGAAUCAUGGGGAAGUCUGUGCAAAGCUUAUAUGGAAAGGACGCUGACGCUGAGAGUGUGGCCAAGUUUCUGAGACAGGAUCUCCGCAUUUUGCACUUCAUUGAGAUGUUUUCAUCUGGCCUCAUUUGGUAUUUUAACUGGUUUAGUGUGGCCAAGGGGAUGAGGAUCAGGUCCGUGCUCUAUCACGCGUAUAUCCUUAUUGAUAUUUGCAUCCUCUGUGGUUUGUGGUGCUGGAAGAUGAGCACAGAUCCUCCUGAUUUUGUGACACACCCUUUAACCACGGCUGCCUGUGUUGUUGCAGUUUACGUCCUUGGUCUGUUAUUUAAAGUUAUUUAUUAUACGUUCUUCCAUCCAAACCUUGAUAAAGAUAAGCUGAAAGGGGCCACCAUCACAGAGGAGCAACCUGAAGAUGAAGAGCGAUCUCAUUCAGUUCCUACACGUCCCCUUAAGGCCACUGACAAUAAAAGAAUGAGGAAGCUGGCCGAGAACUUCUUCUGCUGACCUGCAUCAUUUGACAUCCACAGGAUGUGGAGAUUAGAAAGAGACUGAGUCAUGUAGGUCACAAGGCUGUGUAGGACUGAGGACUCUGACCUGCUGCUUGAUUAACCACAAAUACAAUAUCUUAUUAUGUUACUCAGGUUUAUCUGGGGAUAAAUUUACAGAAAACACUUUUCUCUGUAUUAACUUGUGCUUUCCUCUAAUGAAGCAUUUAAAAUGCCUCACUUGUUACAUGCUUGUAUGAAAUAGUGAUGGGUUGACAAAGAGAUGAGUUUGCUAAUACUAAUGAAUGGGUCUGCCUCCCUAAAAUAUAAAAUAUAUUAAACCAGUAUAAAAAUCAUGUUUACAAAAAAUUUUAAAUGGUCAUUUUAAAGCUAGAACCUUGAAUGGCCUUUCAACCUUUGUGUGUGUGCUUUUUAAAUUCCCAUUUCUAUACCAUUGUGUGAGCAUCUUUUUCUUAUGCAAUAGUGGUGAUGUAGGAGGUGUGAAAUAGGUAUAAAGGUAUUAACAAGGUAUCGACAACGAAGCAGCAAAAAUACAGAAAGCAAAAAAAAAAAAAUAGAAACAUAGAAAGAUUAAUAAAACCAUUUUGGUUGUAGGUGUUAACAUGUAAUUUAACACAUAUUAACUAUGUAACCUUAUACUGUAUUUGAGGGUUGAAGUUGUCUGUGUGUGAAUGUGCACACGUGCAUGUGUGUGCAAAUGCAUAAAUAUACAGA